AUGAAGGACCGACUGGCGCAGCUGAAAGAGAAAAGUGAUGGAGGAGGCGAUGACGUCGAGAUCCCUGUGAAUAACGAGGCUUUUAUGGAUGAUUUCUUUGCUCAGAUAGAAGAUAUCCGAACCAGCAUUGACAAGAUCGACGAGAGUGUCACAGAAAUCAAAAAGCUCUACUCCACCAUCUUGUCGGCCCCCACGUCUGACCAGAAAACACAAGAUGACAUUGAAGCCAUCACCAACGAGAUCAAGAAGUCGGCCAAUAAUGCAAGAAACAAAUUGAAGUCUAUUGAGCGCCAGCUUGAGUCAAACACAGAUGAGAGGGCCUCGGCCGACCUCAGGAUACGCAAAUCACAGCAUGCUAUCCUGGCCAAGAAGUUUGUAGAGGUGAUGACAAAAUACAACGAGGCUCAAGUUGACUUCAGAGAUAAAAGCAAAGGACGAAUCGCCCGACAGCUGGAGAUCACGGGGAAAGCAACAACUGACGACGAGCUGGAAGAGAUGCUGGAGGGAGGCAACGCAGCCGUCUUCACUGCCGGGAUCAUGGAUUCAAAGAUCAACCAGCAGGCCCUGAAUGAGAUCGAGGCUCGUCACAAAGACAUCAUGAGGCUGGAAAGCAGCAUCAAAGAGCUCCAUGACAUGUUUGUUGAUAUCGCCAUGCUGGUUGAGAAUCAGGGUGGCAUGAUUGACAGAAUUGAGAGCAACAUGGACCAGUCAGUGGGUUUUGUAGAGAGAGCUGUGGCUGACACCAAAAAAGCAGCCAAAUUCCAGCAGGAGGCGCGUAGGAAACAAAUGAUGAUCGCGUGCUGCUGCAUGAUUUUGGCCUUGAUACUCGGUUCAUAUCUCUACAGCUUCUUCAAGUAGAAAACCUGAACGAGGCCACCCACCAGCUGAGUCCACACAGUGCCGGAUGAGGCAGAGCAGGGCUGCUCUCAGAUGGUCACAAAAUUAAGCCGGGGCUCCGUUUACUGUCAUUUCAACCAACUCAGAAAGAAUUAAGGGCUGCAAAUAUUUGCAUACAUUCUCAGUUAUUUCUUAUUUUUUUAUGAAAAUUUUCUUCUCAGCUGUAGAACAUAUUGAGAGCCAAAUGAUGUCAGGGUUAAACAAAGCAUAGCAACAAAAUAUUAGUCAUCUUUCAAUGCCUGCAGAACAUUUUAAAUUAUACCAGCAACACAA